AACAUAUAUUUUUUACUUGUUAGAUAAAAAUAUAAAAGAUGGAGGGGGUUAGAUGGUUCCUUCUUUUUACUUUCUUGGGCAUUGUAAGCUGCCAAAAAUUCAGGCUAUUUCCUGCUUCAUAUAAACCCUGUGCCGGAGCUCUGACAGUGAACAGUGUACAGAUAUCUGCUCCACAAGCUAGACAAGAAAACUGCAAGAAUAGACAUCUUCUAGUCAAGGGUAGAAGAGUGCAGAUCUGUAUGAAUGCAACCCUACCCCUUCAGGAUCCUCCAGUGAAUAUACCCGUUUUAGCACCUGCUGGCCUUAAAAACUCUGCACAUGGAACGGUACCUGGAAUCCCUAUACCUCAAGAUUUCUGUGAUAUUGCUAAAGAUGCGUGUGAGAAUGCCACACCCCCCUGCUCUGAAUGGGCGGGCGGGAUGAAUGUUAUGAUGUGUUCAGCUCUGAGAGUUCCUGACGAUCCAAUCCUUCUCAACCCUCUCAUCCAACCCGACGUGUUGGUGAGAUGGAGAAUUAUACAUGAACCUAACUCUGAUUUAAGUACAUGUGAGACAAGAUAUGAUGCUCAGCCUAAGCAAACUCCUCUUCUUUGUAUUGAUAUAGAAGCCAAGGUUGUGAAUGAGCCGCGUUGCCCUCCUCCCAUACUGGGCUGAGGUUCUUGAAAUAAUUUAAUACUGCCUUCAACACAAACUAUAUAGUCUUUAUGGAGAACACCAAAAGAAGUCAAAACAUGUAAUUCCAGAUCAAGAUUAAUUUUUCUCUUCAAGUCGUCAUUUUUAAUCGUAAAGUUUACAAAUAUUAUCAGGGAUUUUUCUUUAAACUACUAAAUGUCGACAUUUUUUCUCGGAUAAAAAAAAUUGGACCAUCAUUAAACCUUUACCGCGGUCUUGUGAGUUGGACUGGAUAAAAACAAAUAAACACCAAUACAAGCAACGUAUAUAUAUUAUAUACAACAAGAAACACAGUGUCUAGCAAUUAACUAUAUUAAUUAACAAAAGAAAAUGUUCUAAACAUAUUUUAAAAUAAGUUAAAGGAAUGUUCUAUUCUUUAUUUGGAUAGCUUAUUGCUAGAUAGGUUAUAUCUAAAUAUAUAAAUAGAUAUAUGAUAUGUAUGUUAUGAAUCAUCUGUUCCAUGAAGAGAAUAAAUUAUAUUAAGUAAUAAACCAA